AUGUAAACGAGUGUGAACUGGAGCUGUGUGGCAACGGGAAAGGCGUGUGCAUGAACACGGGCGGGUCCUACAAUUGCCACUGCAACCGGGGCUACCAGCUGAAAGUGCAGAAGGGGAUCAGAUCCUGCACAGAUAUUGAUGAAUGCGCCCGGCCCAACAUCUGCGGAGACGGCGGUUCCUGCAUCAACUUCCCAGGACAUUACAAGUGUGACUGCCAUCCCGGAUAUCGGCUGAAGCCCUCCAGGCAGCCGCUGUGUGAGGAUAUCGAUGAAUGUCUUGACUCUGGAACUUGCCCUGAUGGGAGGUGUGAAAAUAAACCUGGCAGUUAUAAAUGUAUCCCCUGCCAGCCAGGCUUCCGGGCCCAAAAUGGCAUAUGUUACGACGUGGACGAGUGCGCCGAGGACACGGCCUGCAAACACGGCUGGUGUGAGAACCUGGCCGGCUCCUUCCGCUGUUCCUGCGGGGAAGGCUUCGUGCCGGCCGCUGAUUUCCGCAGCUGUGUCGAUGUCAACGAGUGCCAGAACGGUUCGCUGUGCGCCCACGGAGUUUGUGUGAACACGCUGGGGUCCUUUAAGUGCCAGUGCCCGGUGGGCUUCCAGGCAGUGAAGGACGGGCCACGUUGCAAAGACGUGAACGAAUGUGACUUCCCCGCCGCCUGCAUUGGGGGCGAGUGCGUGAACACGGUGGGCUCCUACCAGUGUCUUUGCCGGACUGGAUACCAGUUGGAGAGGAAUCGAAAGUGCCAAGGUUUGUGGCUCUGGGUGUGUCCGCGUGAGCGAGCUCGCCUCCCGUCUCCCUCGUCAUCAAGUUGGGGGCUCACAAGGGAGCCCCAUGUUUUUGUAGAAGGGGCACCUGAUCCGUGAUUCAAGGUGUGCCCAGAUCACCUGUUAGGACCCAGGUGGACAAGACAAGCCCGGCCUUUAGAGCA